GGGUCUUUAUCUCAAGAAAAAAUGCUAAUGUUUGAUCCAGUCCCUAUCAAACAGGAAGCCAUGGAACCCGUUCCAGUGUCCUUCCACUCGACGUACAUGGACCACAUGAAGUCAAACAAGUACGGCGUCAUCUACUCUACACCCAACAUGAUGUCCAACAAGUUCUACCAGAUUCCAGAGGGACUGUGCAACGGGGUUCAAAUGGAGCCAGUCGACCUUACGGUCAAUAAACGGAGCUCACCCCCAUCAGCUGGACACUGUCCUUCCCCUUUAAAAUUUCAGACUCUCUCCCGAAGAGGUUCCCCUGGAUUGAAUCUUCCUUCAUCCAGCCCUCCCAUGAAGAAACUGGGUCCACCAGGAAUGCAGCCUUUUACGAUGCCCUUAACUAUCCCUCCAGUGAUGGCGGCUCUUUCGCGCCACGGACUCAGGAGCCCUGGAAUACUUCCUGUUAUUCAGCCCCUCGUCGUUCAGCCUGUCCCUUUUAUGUACGCCCCACACCUUCAACAGCCUAUCAUGGUGUCCACCGUCCUUUCGGAAGAGUUGGAAAACCCAAGCAGCGUGCCAGUAUCUGUCAUCGAGUCUUACGAAAAGCCCGCACUAAAGAAAUCUAUUAAGGUGGAGCCAGGCGUGGAAUCACCGAGGAACGACUACUACCCGGAGCAAAUCUCGCCUCCUCUGAUGACCUCACUGUCACCCCACAUGCUACAAGAGAAUCACCCUUCAGUUAUAGUCCAGCCUGGAAAAAGGCCUCUACCUGUGGAAUCUCCAGACACACAAAGGAAGAGACGGAUACACCGGUGUGAUUACGAAGGUUGCAACAAGGUGUACACUAAGAGCUCUCAUUUAAAAGCCCAUAGAAGAACACACACAGGUGAAAAGCCUUACAAAUGCACUUGGGAAGGCUGCACAUGGAAGUUCGCUCGAUCGGAUGAACUGACGCGGCACUUCCGGAAACACACCGGAGUCAAACCGUUCCAGUGUCCGGACUGUGAUCGCAGUUUCUCUCGUUCUGACCAUCUUGCCCUCCAUCGGAAACGCCACAUGCUCGUUUGAACUUCUCUCAUUUCUGCUCUUUUCUGGUUUUUCCAUUUUCUUUUUUUUUGACCUGAGCGUUUUAAUUCAGAUUCAGCUGGACUGGAUCUUUGGAUUUUUAUCUCCUCGCAAGUUUUCUGAUGGUCAGUAAAAACAAACAC